AUGGAUUCACUGGCUCUGGCUUGCCGCACCGCGGCCCUCGUCAUUCUAUUCCUUCCUUUGAGUGCUUCCGACGACCGGCUGGUCCCUGGCAAGCCACUGGCCCUCGGCAAGACCAUCAUCUCUGAUGGCGGAGCGUUCGCCUUGGGCUUCUUCAACCCCUCCAACUCCACUCCAGCCAAACUGUACCUUGGCAUAUGGUACAACAAUAUCCCUGAGCUCACAGUUGUGUGGGUUGCCAACCGUGAAACCCCAGUCUCCAAUAACACUUCCUCUGCACCGAUGCUCUCCCUCACCAACACUUCCAAUCUCAUUAUAUCUGAAGGUAAUAGUGGUGGCCGUGUCCUUUGGACAACAGCUAACAUGACCACUAUGAUUGGCUCAUCUACCCCAACAGCGGUGCUUAUGAACACCGGCAACCUUGUCAUCCGGUCGUCUAACGGUACCAUGCUGUGGCAGAGUUUUGACAACCCCACGGACACACUCCUCCCCGGGAUGAAGAUCCGGAUCAAAUACAGGGUGCGCGGCACUGGCGAUCGUCUGGUAUCUUGGAAGGGCCCCAGUGACCCCUCGCCUGGUCGCUUCUCCUGUGGCGGCAACCCAGACACGCCCCUCCAAACAUACAUCUGGGACAAGGAGAGCUUGGUGUCCCGCGGUAUCCCAUGGACGGGGUACCAAGUGGAGAGCGUACGCCAACAACAGCUAGCAGGGGGCAUGAACGUCAGUGAUCUUAUCAUAUACGUAGCCUACGUAGACAAGGACGGUGAGAUAUACGCCACAUAUAGCCUCUCUGAUGGCGCCGCGGUCACAAGGUCUGUGCUGACCUACUCCGGCGAGUAUCUCAUGCAGAGCUGGAGCAGCAGCUCAUCGGCAUGGGUUGUUCUUUUGAAGUGGUCAUCCGCUGGAUGCAAUGGCUAUGCUUACUGUGGCCCCUAUGGCUACUGCGACGUGACAACAGCGCCAGUCCCAACGUGUAAUUGCCUACACGGCUUUGAGCCAGCAAACAAGUUGGAGUGGACCAGUGGCAGGUUCUUGGCUGGGUGCCUGCGGAAGGAGCAACUGCACAGGUGUGGCGGUAGCUUCUUGGCCUUGCCGGGGAUGAAGUCACCAGACAAGUUCGAACUCAUCGGAGGGGGAAUUAGUACAUCCGAGGAGUGCGCCGCGGAGUGCAUCCGCAACUGCUCCUGUGUGGGGUACAUGUACCGCAACAUGAGUGGCAGCAGUUUAGGAGGUGACAUGGCAUGCAUGGUAUGGGCUGGGGAGUUGGUUGACACCGGAAAGGUUGGCGUAGGUGGCGAGACAAUCUAUCUCCGACUUGCAGCAGGUAAAAGGAGAAAGAUCAAUGCAAUCAGGUUUGUGCUGUCAGUUUUAGGCGGUGCUGUUCUCAUAUUCAUAUGCUUCUCUUUUGCAUGGUUAAAAUGCCAAGGAAAGAAUAAAAAAUGGAGAAAGUACAAGAUUAUAAGAUUGGUUUGCAUGAGUACAACUCAUGAAAUCGGGGAAGAAAAUCCUCCUCAUGAUCAAGAAUUUCCAUCUGUAAGAUUAGAAGAAAUUGCCCUCGCAACACACAAUUUCUCUGAAGCAUGCAUGAUUGGACAAGGAGGAUUUGGAAAAGUUUACAAGGGACUGUUAGGUGGUCAGGAAGUCGCAGUCAAGAGGCUAAGUAGAGAUUCUCAACAAGGAACAAAAGAAUUCAGGAAUGAAGUAGUUCUAAUUGCAAAACUGCAACACAGAAGUUUGGUCCGACUUCUUGGAUGUUGUGAUGAGGGAAAUGAAAAGCUCUUGAUAUAUGAGUAUCUACCUAACAAGAGCUUAGAAUCUAGCCUUUUUGAUGACUCAAGAAAAUUGUCGCUGGAUUGGGCGACACGGUUUAAUAUCAUCAAAGGGGUGGCCAGGGGGCUUCUAUAUCUUCACAAAGACUCAAGGAUAACCAUAAUUCAUAGGGACCUCAAAGUUGGAAAUAUUUUGUUGGAUGUAGAUAUGAAACCCAAGAUAGCAGAUUUCGGUAUGGCGAGAAUUUUUGGUGAUAACCAGCAAAAUGCAAAUACCCAGCGUGUAGUUGGCACAUAUGGUUACAUGGCUCCUGAGUAUGCAAUGGAAGGCUUCUUCUCUACCAAGUCUGAUGUCUAUAGCUUCGGCGUGUUACUGUUGGAGGUUGUAACUGGUAUAAGGAGAAACUCCAUUAGUCAAAUGAUGGGAUACCCCAGCCUCACAGUCUAUUCAUGGAAUAUGUGGAAGGAAGAGAAUACCGACGAACUGCCAGACUCAUCCAUCAUAGAUACUUCACCAGACGAAGUUUUGCUUUGCGUCCAUGUAGCACUCCUAUGCGUCCAAGAGAACCCAGAUGAUAGGCCAUGCAUGUCAUCUGUUGUGUUCGUCCUAGAGAAUGGAAGUACCACACUUACAACCCCCAACCGCCCUGCCUACUUUGUGCGAAGAAGUGCUGAACUGGAUCAAAUAAGAAAUAUUCAGACUUCUGUCAACAGUUUCACUCUUACCGAGAUAGAGGGGCGAUGAAAUAAUAAUUCUGUAGUUUUUUAUGUACUUAACACUGUUGUAAAUUGGC